AUGGCCUGCACCCGGCUGCAGCAGUGGGCGUUUGGGGAUGGCGGGCUGCGGGACAUCUGGGCGCAGCUGCCCGAGCAGGGGCAGGCGCUGUUCAAGCUGCUGAGGGGCGCGAGUGACCUGCUGAUGAUGCCCAAGGAUAUGCUGCUGGACGAUGACAUAAGGGAGGAGACGCACGCCGCGGCGGCCGGCGCGGGCGCGGGCGCGGGCGCGGCGGCGCCGCGGCUUGAGUUGGAAGCGGAGUGCAUCUACUACAGCCCGACGGACGACAUGACAAUGGAGCGGGUGGAGGUGGGCGAGGAGCCUGGUCUGGAGUUCGGAUCUGAGUCAGAAGACGAGCUGGCGGCAGUUGGCAACAUGGGAGCCGACCUGGGGGCGGCCCCGCCCCUGCGCUUCCGGCUGCUGGCGCGGCUGUGGCACGGGGGCGUCCCGCGGCCGCGGCGGGUGACCGGCCAGAGGGCGGAAUGA